GGGGGAGACUCCUGAGAAGCCGCUUCCGGCAAGGGGCGGAGCUGGACUCUGAGCCCACCUCCCACUUCCGGGUUGGCCCGCGCCCAGGAGGCAAGAGCGGCAGGAGGGGAGGCGGCAGCGGCGGAGCCCGAAAGCCGGACUGAGGGAAGGAGGGAGAAGAGCCGCGGGCGCCUGAGGAGGGAGGACGAAGGAAGCCGGUCCCCAUAAUUGACUGAUCUAUGAAAUGGCAGAAAAUGGAACAGAUUGUGACCAGAGGCGCAUAGGAAUGAACAAAGGACAGCACAAUGGGAACUUUACAGAGCCCUCUUCGUCAAACGAACAGAAGCAAAAAGAACGGGAAGAACGGCAGAGUAUUGUGCUCUGGAGGAAGCCUCUCAUUACCUUGCAGUAUUUUUUCCUGGAAACGCUAUUAAACUUGAAAGAAUGGACCAUAAAAUUGUGGCACCGCCGAAGUAUCGUGGUGUCUCUUUUAGUGCUACUUGUGGUUCUCACAUCUGCGUAUUAUAUUGAAGGAGCACAUCAACAGUAUGUGCGAUAUAUGGAGAAAAAAUUCUUAUGGUGUGCCUACUGGGUAGGCUUAGGCAUUCUGUCCUCGGUUGGACUUGGAACAGGUCUUCAUACCUUUCUGCUCUAUUUGGGUCCACACAUAGCUUCAGUGACUCUCGCCGCAUAUGAAUGUAACUCUGUGGACUUCCCUGAGCCACCCUACCCCGACCAAAUAAUUUGCCCCGAUGAGGAGGGGGUUGAAGGAUCAAUUACGUUAUGGACCAUCGUCUCCAAAGUCAGGCUGGAGGCCUGCAUGUGGGGUGCCGGUACAGCUAUUGGGGAGCUGCCUCCUUACUUCAUGGCCAGAGCAGCCCGCCUCUCCGGAGCAGAGCCGGACGAUGAGGAGUACCAAGAAUUUGAAGAGAUGCUAGAACAUGCGCAGACUGCCCAGGACUUCGCCUCCCGUGCUAAGCUGGCGGUCCAGAACCUCGUGCAGAAAGUUGGGUUUUUCGGCAUCCUGGCCUGCGCUUCAAUUCCAAACCCUCUCUUUGAUCUGGCGGGGAUAACAUGUGGACACUUCCUGGUACCCUUCUGGACAUUCUUUGGUGCCACCCUGAUUGGAAAAGCAAUAAUCAAGAUGCACAUCCAGAAACUUUUUGUGAUUAUAACGUUCAGCAAACAUAUAGUGGAACAGAUGGUGUCUCUAAUCGGCGCCAUCCCAAGCGUAGGUCCUUCUCUUCAGAAGCCCUUCCAAGAGUAUUUGGAAGCUCAGAGGAUGAAGCUCCACCACAAGGCGGAUGGAAGUCCCCAGGGCGAAAACUGGCUCUCGUGGACGUUUGAAAAAUUGGUCAUUGUGAUGGUGUGCUAUUUCAUCUUGUCAAUCAUUAACUCCAUGGCUCAGAGUUACGCCAAGCGACUCCAGCAGUCGAUGCGCUCUGAGGAGAAAACCAAAUGAGCCGUGGAGGCCAAGUCGGGGAGGGGAAGGGGUGAGCCCCGGACUGAAUUUGGAUGUCCAGCUUCACUUCACACUUUAAAAACAAAACCCAAAUGACAAAGAACAACUGGCAUUAUUUGAGAAAGGGGGCGGGAGGGGGGCACUUGUCAAUCAUCCUAGCUCUUCUUGGGGAUGAUUCUUUUUUUAAAAAAACAAAACAAUUCUGCCGUUAUGAAACCAUCCACCUUGACACGACAUUUGCCCGAUCAAGGUAACGUACACGCUUUUUGUUUGCAUUUCGUCCAGGUUGAAAUAUGAACAGGGGGAUGCUUAAGCCCUUCCUUUUUUUAACAUAGUUGCCGUUUACUGGAGGGACUUCCAGAAUCCCUGGUUUCUUUUCUUUUUUUUUAACAGCGUGGGACUUUUUCUUAACAAUUGGCAUGCUGCAAAGCUUAAUGCUGAAGGCCAGCAUUUCUAACCUUUCCCCAGCAAAAUCUUACAUCAAAUUAGUCUUAGAUCGGCUCCCCAGCGUGCAUGUCCCUCCACGGUAACACUUUAAAAUCUGAUCUCAGUUCCUGACCAUCUCAUUUGCGUUCAUUUCCGGGGUGGAGCAGGGGGGCAGGACGAUGGGACGUUUUUAAACUUCAUAACGGUUGUGAGCAGAGCGGCAGGGGAUGACAAACUGCUGUCUUUUUUUAAAGAAAAAUAAAUCCUGUAUAUUUAGAAUGACGUUAAGACGAUAAAAAUUUAUAAAAUCACCUUGGAUCAUUCCAGACCUUUUUGUCUUGGUCUUUUAAAGCACAUUCACCCGCCCCCCCGCCCCUUAGUCCCUUCUUGUGUUCUAGUCUUGCCGAUGGUUUCUUUGCAAACCUUUACCCCCACUGUUGGCGAAAUGCUUUCCGUAAUCCUUCAGGCGUUCUUGGAUUUUUCCCAAGAACAUCCACCUUAGCUGAAGGAGGCAGAAGGCAUGGGUCUCAAAACAGCUCGGUUAAUUUCGUUUAUUUAACUGAAAAUUAGUAGCGUGUCUUAUGUAUGUGUGUGUGUGUGUUUUAAUGGGUUAAUUCUUACGAUGUUUGCAUAGCAUCGUUAGGAAAUUGCUGAGGAGAUGCUUUUGUUCGGUACAGGAAAGGUAAAAGGAAUAAACGACAUUGAAAUAUA